AUGACACCUCUUCUUUCCUGCUCCACAAUCCACCCAACUUUGCCUUGGCUUUUCCAAGCUUUUCCAAGUGAGCUGCCUCCAAAAAUCGAGUCGAAAGAUCUUGGCUCGCGCGGCGACCCGUGUGUCUUGACGCCGCCGCUUGGCGGCCUCCCUUGCCCUUUCUUUCGCCAGACCGGUCUCUGUGGCCGAACCUCGGUGACGGUGUGCGAACACGACGCGAGUCGGAGCAGCGCCGCGUGCCACUCGGCCACGCGGUGUGUGCGCAGUUUGAAGUCGAACAUCAUGGGAGCUGCUUGGACUUGGGCCAAUUGA